UUUAGGACACAUAGACAGACAGACUGGUGUUGUGGUUAGCGUUCGUGUGAUUUUAGGGAAUAUUAUUGCAAUAUUUCAUAAUAUUUUGGGACUAGAUCUUUAUUGCGGUAAAUUACUAUAAAGGGCUGGCUUGCCUUCAGAUGUAGCUAGCGGAGGAUAUUGAACAGAAGCUGACUAACACUAGGAAUAUGUGAUACGCAACGCAAACACCAUCAUGGAUAAGUUGGUGUUAAGUUUUAUCGCAAUAUGGACGGUAGCGUGGUGUGGUGCACAUGCGAGCAUUGUUCGCUCAAAACGAGAGGUCUCCGUUCAAAUAGGCCGCUCUGUAUAUAUUCAUCCUGAUGACUUGGUGCUGGACGGCGGGACGACAUGUAAGGUUGAGUUGGACGUCUUCGAUCCGAUUAGCCAGAGAGUAGGAACACUUGAGCCUAAGGCUUUCGAUUGUCGAUUUCAACCAAAGUCGGUAAAGUACAUCCACAAUGGCUCUCCCCUAUUAACAAAGGACAGUAUAAAGCUCCGUGUGCACAAGUUCUCGAAUCGAGAGACCGUCACGGAGAUUGUCUACCUCAAAAUUAACAUCCUCAAUGAAGCAUACGAUGUGUUCGUCAUCGGAAAUCCAACACCGCUGUCGGUGCCGACGUUCAGUGGAUAUUCUAACGCAAUUGACGCUUCGAUUCUACGAUUUCGCUAUGAUAUGAGGAAUAAUGCGACGUGUAUGGUCGGUUUUAGCCACUACGGCACUAACUAUCCUCUGGUUGGUCAGGUUGUGAUGGGGCAGGAUAAUACGCCGAUCGACGCCCUCUGGAGGGAAUGUCAUGAGUUUCUGUUCCUGGGAUUACAAUAUCAGCACCUUGUGCCACCAACGCCAGACAUGGAUUACAUCCCGCUAAAAGUUCAAGUUAAUGAUCCGUUAAAGGGGAUCAUAAUUGAGCGGUUAUAUUUACCGAUUAUUAUAACGGGGGCAUUCCCUAAUGUGCCACCUAAUGCUGCGUUCAUGAAAGCAUACCUCAUGGAUGUUGAUCAGUUUGUGUUGACGAUUGUAUCGCCAAACAUUAUGGGUGCAGAAGAUGAUGAAACACCGGAGCCGCAGUUGAUUUACAACAUCAGUCGCCCGCUUGGUCCUGGCGAGGGAUACCUUGUCAAUCUCGCUGAUCAUACUCGCCCAAUCACGUCAUUUCUUCAAGCCGACCUAUCCAACCUGAACAUUGCCUACCAGCCGCCAAACAUAAGCUACACUGACAGGACUGACUUCAUCAUUGAGUUCACUGUCUACGAUAGCCAUUUCGCUAGAAGUUCUCAGCCAAUCGUCUUGCACAUCUCCGUCAGACCAUCGGAAACGAAAGCGCCUAGAGUUGCCCUGAAUGCCGGAUUGACCUUGAUUGAAGGUCACUCGGCAACGAUCAGACCGAAUAAUCUGCAAGUUGUCGACAAGGAUAAUAUCGAUAGGGUUCACUGCUUGGUUAAAGCCGGUUUGCUCCAUGGCGAUAUUUUGGUUAACGGAAGAAAACAGAUGUCGUUCUCUCCCCGGGAUAUUGAGUUGGGACACGUGGUGUAUUACCAUGAUGAUACCGACACCACCCGCGAUCAGGUCUUGCUCCGUAUCAGCGAUGGCCUCCACUCUAUUCAGACGACGCUUUUCAUCCACAUCAUACCAAAAGACGACAGUCCGCCGACCCUUGUCAACAAUAUUGACCUGGAUGUUGCCCAAGGUGAACUCGUACAAUUCAAGGAGCAGAAAUUGAGCGCUCAUGAUAGCGAUUCCAAUGAUUAUGACAUUGUUUAUAAAAUUACCAGUGCUCCAGCGUUUGGUGAGAUCAAGCGUAAGAUCAGCUCAGAUUCGCCUGGACACAUCGCAAGCAAAUUCACCGAGGAGGAGCUGAUGAAGGGAUUCAUUUAUUACAAACAAAGCAAGGAUACGGACUCAUUGACUGAUACCUUUAGGUUUACCUUGCUGGACCAGAACCAGCCUCCGAAUGAAUCUGGGGAGUACCUCACCAUGAUUCAUAUCCACCCAAAAAAGAAUUUCCCACCGAGGAAGAUCCAGAAUACAGAGGGCUCCAUUGUGACGAAAGAAUCUGAUGUGGUCUUUAUCGAUAAGUACCACUUGGGUUUUGAGGAUCCCGACAGCAAAGACGAGGAAAUCGUCUAUUCUAUAACCGCUCAGCCAUAUUUUGUCGAUUCACAGGAGACACUUGAUGCCGGUCGCAUCAUCAAUACGAAAAAUCUCAGCAUGGUUAUGAAAACACCUGGGAUUCCUGGUAUCUCUUCCUUUACGCAAGCGGAGAUCAACUACAUGAAGAUUGCGUACAUGCCCCCUAUGAAGGACAUCGGGACAGACCCGAGACUCCUCCGGUUCCACUACACCGUCAGUGACUUAUCCGGAAACAUCCUGACCGGUCUGACGUUCCAGAUAACGUUGAUGCCGGUCAAUGAUCAGAUUCCACAACUUAUGAUCAACCCGUUAAGCGUGAAGGAAGGCGAGCCGGUAGCUUUGACCACGAAUGAGAUCUUCGUCAUGGAUGUGGACACGAAGAUGGAGGACCUGGUCUUGACGUUCGACGUUAUGCCGAGCCGAGGUUUGCUUAAGAAAGAUGGUGUUGUCAUGGCAGUGGGUGACCGCUUCUCUGUCAGUGACCUGAAGAGACGGAAGAUCUCGUAUUACCAUGAUGGAUCUGAUGACAGUGCAGAGGACAGUUUCGGUGUGACCGUGUCUGACGGGAUGUUCCGCCUCUCGAAAGCCAUCCCGAUCCAUAUCUUACUCAUAGAUGACCAGCUACCUUACCUUACUGACGACAGCAGUAGCCAGCUGGUCGUUACAGAGGGAGGAGAAACAUUUAUCACACCAGCAGUUCUCAGUGCAGAAGACAAGGACACACCUGCGAGCAAGAUCACUUACAUCAUCGUGCAGCCUCCCACCAAAGGUUCCAUACUGAAAGGGCGACAGAACAUCAAUCGGUUCACCCAGCAGGAAGUCAACGAGAACCAAAUCAAGUAUAUGCAUCGUAGUGGAGAAAUUGGAUAUAAUUCUAUAACUGAUGCAUUCAAGUUUAUAAUUGCUGAUAAAGUAUUAACAUCGAUGCAAGAUGUCAGUAUCUACCAGUUGAAUGUGACAGUUCUCCCUGUGAAUGAUCGCGCUCCGAAGAUUGUUCUGGGUAAUCCUUUAAUUGUCAAGGAAGGCGGGAUGUCGCCGAUUACGUUUGAUAUCCUGGGUGCCCAAGACGUCGAUUCCAAAUCAGAGGAGUUAACCUUCUUAAUCGUGAAACAACCUGAGUGGGGUUUUGUGGAAAACACUCGGCCAAACCCUGGGUCAGAAAAAAGCAAUGCAGGGAUUUCUAUUCAGAAGUUCACCAUAAAAGACCUCCAGGAGGGAAAGAUCAAUUACGUUCAGGCAAACCACAAUAAAGUGGAGCCACUGACGGAUCAGUUGGUCAUUAAAGUGACGGACGGGGAACUCUUCUCGCGUGAAACUCUCCUGACGAUCAACAUCAUACCGCAGAAUGAUGAGACACCGGUCAUUGAAAUGAUGGACAUUGUUGUCGAGGAAGGUCACGAAAUGUCAAUCGAUGACAAAAUUAUGACUAUUUCUGAUAUGGAUGAGCCUGCGGAUAGGCUGAUGGUUUCAGUCGUCCGGGAACCAGAUUACGGCAAGAUCAAGAUGAUGAUUGAGAGGAAGAUGCGUGGAGGGGAAGAAAUGGUUGAGAUACCGAUGCAUGACUUUGCGGCGCGUGACAUGCAAAAAGACAUGCGCCUUUACUACAAGCAUGACGGAUCGGAGUCCUCUGAUGACCAGUUUACGAUUGAGGUUUCCGACGGUUCCCAUACUGUUCGUAAAACCGCCAAAGUCCACAUCAAGAGAAUGAACGACGAGUCACCAGAAGUAAUCAAGAAUGCUGGUUUGAGGAUCUUGUACGGCGAGGCAGCCUUUGUUUCCAGUGCCAUCUUAAAAGCCUGGGAUAUCGACAACGGGCCAGAUGAAGUCAACUUCAUUUUGGUCCGUAAACCGAAGCGGGGCGUCCUACAGAGAAGGAUCCGUGGUCCGUUAGACAUCCCACAAGAUGGCGUCCUGGACCCGGAUGUUGAUGAUGUUAACGGUGAAUGGGAGGAGAUCUCUGAGGGCAUGAACUUCACGCAGCUUCAGAUCAAUAAGAACCUAAUCCGGUACACACACACCGGCGAUAUGGGAAAGAUGCAGGCUGAUAACUUCAGGUUCAAGGUCACUGACGGUCAGAACUACUCACCCGACGAAAGCUUUGAGAUCGAAAUUGAGCAUUCGCAAGUCUCUGAGAUUGCACUUCUUGCAAAGGGCAUGAAGGUCAAGGAAGGACAGCGCGUCAUCAUUUCGACUGACAUCUUGAGUGCAGAAGAUGGGACAGAUCUCUUCAAUAGGAUCAAGUUUAACAUCCUCCAUCCGCCUUUGUUCGGUCAGAUUGAGUCCCUGAAUGCUCCAGGGAAGGCUUUGAAGGAGUUCUCGCAACUAGAUCUGGCUGCACGCAGGAUUGUCUACGUUCAUACGAGCCGGUCGGAGUCCGUCGAGGACUGGUUCAAGUUUAAGGUAUCCAACGGCUACCAGUCGAAAAAUGGAACGCUCUUCAUCCAUAUCAUUCCGACAGAUCGUAUCACACCAACUCUUCUGAAGAAUAACGUCUUGUUUAUCAAACGUGGAACGGAACGUGCCAUCUCGUCGACGUAUCUCCUUGUCACGGACCCUGACACCAGGUCAACAAACUUGACUUUCUUUAUCAUGAAGGCACCAGACCACGGAGAGCUUCUCAACAAGGGCAUCAAAAUCAUCCAAAAGUUCACCCAAGAUGACGUUGACACUGGUCGCAUCACCUAUAAGAACUUCGGAAGCCAGGCUGUGCAUGAUUACUUCUGGUUCGCAGUCACGGACAACAAGCAUAUUGGAUUCCUGGUCAACGGAAGUCUCCAUUUAGACCCUGUCAAGUUCACUGUAGCCCUCAUAUCACUGGAUCCCACACCACCUAUCAUCGUACGCAACAAACAACCAACGAUGUUAGAUUCGUUUGAACGUAAGAAAGUUGGCUACAUCAUCAACAGCAGGUUUCUCAAGGUGACUUCAUCGCACGAGCCGGCAGCUAAUCUGCAGUUCAUCAUUACGGCCAAACCAAAGUUCGGCCAUCUUGAAGACAUUACGAGGAAUAAGGCUAUCAAGAAGAGAUUCACGCAAGCAGAUCUUGAUGGCGGCCGCGUCGCUUACAUCAUUGACUCCAAGAAUAAAUCGGUCACGUACGACAGCUUCAUGUUCAAGGUUUUCGACAGCAAGAGGAAUGAGCUAGCACCACAAAGGUUCGGAAUGUCAUGGCCGAUGAUCGAGUUCACACGCCUGGAGUACAUCGUCUGUGAAGAUGUUGGUACUUUGUCGGUCGGACUUCGGAGAGUCGGAGAGACGAGCCAGUCAUCGUAUGUCAGUGUCAGUGUGAGAGAGAUGUCGGCCAAAGCUGGGGAAGAUUUUGGAUCCCAGACGGCCGCUCAGAUACAAUUUGACCCAGGUGUGAAGAUAGUGAGCUGGGAAAUAGCAAUCAGAGAUGACGGCCUUCCCGAGGGCAAAGAGAUGUUCAAACUGUUGUUGCGGUCCCCCGUCAAUGCUAUCAUUGGAGAAUACGAUAGAGCUACAGUCAAGAUUAUAAACAGAAAUAAUGCUAAAAGGAAAUGCAUUGAGGUCCCCGGCAUGAUCCACAAAGGUGGUAUCGUACCUUACAAUACCCACAUCAGACCGUCCUCCGUCCUCAAAACCGAAAAGGAAACUGUCUACACAUUCCAUGGUAUAAGUGGUUUGAGAACAGAUAAGAAAUCGAGCAGUCGUGAUGAAAAUGACGAUGAUGAGGAAAACGAUAAAUUUGCCUUGGAUGUAUCAGGGAAUAUGAAACCGCUAAAUGAUGGCACCGGUGCAGCUGCUGGUAGUUCUAGUUCCGGUUCUACUACCCCGAGAUCUAUGAAGGGCAACAGAAAACGCGGCCGCAAGCGCAAUGAUAGGAAGAAGAAGAACAUGACACGUAAACAGAAAAAGAUUGCUCGGUUUUGGGAAAGGCGUGACCGAAUGAAGAAGAAGCUUCAAAAGAAAUUGCGCCAGAAAGGCGAACGUGUUGCUUUGAGGAAAAAGAAAAAAGUCGAUGAUGAUGAUGAUAGUGAGGAGGUCAAGGGGCCAAAGGGGAAAGGGUCCCGCCGCCGUAAGAAGGAGAAGGUGGAAUCGUCACGGAGGCAACAGACGCCCGAUUCCAGUACAAGCUGGAUGUACAAUGGUGGGAAGGGUGCUAGCUCCCUGAGUACUGACACUCGUAAAGAUUCAGGCAGAAGUUCAAGCUUUGACAGAAGUUCCAAGUCUAAUCGAGGUUCAACUGGCAAGAGCGCCAUCGCUAAGAGUGACUCUGGGCGUGGUAUGACUGAUGAUAAGAUGAAGGAAGUGUUUGAUAGUAUGGACGGCAGGGUCGUGAAUGCAGGUGAGGUAGACUCAGGGGAGGGUCGGAGGAAAAAGGGGAAAAAGAAUAAACGUCGGAAGAAAAAGAAGGAUCGCAAAAGAAAGAAGGGGGAUGAGGGGGCUGUUGAUGAAAAGGGGGUUGAGAGUGAAAUUAAGGGAGAUUUGGCCAAUAAUUAUGGUCCUACUGAUGAUAAUGAGGGCGAAGAUUUAGAUAUGAUGAAGAUCUCUCAGAGUAAUAAGAAAGUUAAAGGGACAAGGGACAAAAUUAAGAAAGAGAAAGUGAGAGAAAAACAGAGGAAAAUCAGGAAGAAAAAGAGACUGCGAAUGAAAGCUCAGAAACAGAAGGAGAGGUUAAAGAGACAGAAGGAGAAGGAGAGAAAACAAAAGCAGAGAAAUAAGGAAAAUGGGGAUAAGAAAAAUGUAAAUAAGGGGAAUGAAAGAAAGAAUGUAAAUGAUAAUGUGGAUGAAGAUGUAAAUGAUAAUGAUAAUGAUAAUGUAAACCUUGAUGUUAAUGCUAGCGAUAAUGAUAAAGUUGGUGAUGAGGUUGAGGUAGACACUAUUGAUAUUGAUGAAAAUGUAGAAAAUAGUGACAAAAAUGACAAGAGAAAACGGACUAAGAAUGAUAAAAAAGAGAAAAAUAGGAAGAAAAAAGAUAGGAAAAAGAAAGAUAAAAAUAAGGUUAGACAUGAUAAGAAUAAGAACAAAGGGAGGAGAAGGGGUAAAAAGAAGCAGGAUGUGUUAGGUGUUACUGCGAAAACUCUGCUUGGUGUUAGUCUCAAGCCAACCAGUGCAACACCGCCGGAGCCUGGUGUAACACGGCAGAGUGGUGUUACACUCUCAGUCGAACAGAUCAGGGAAGAAAAGGAGCCUGACAAAAAUAGCACAUCUGAUGCUGAGCCAACGCCCUUAAUGCCGCCCAAUCCGAGCGAGUCCACGGUAAUGACACCAGAGGUUGCCACAAGUCCUAGCAUAGAUUACGGGCUGAGCACUGCCAGUGCAGAUUAUGGGCCAACCACUGCCGCUACAGAUUAUGGGCCGACCAUUGCGGGUCUCGACCUAAAUCUAGAAAAUGAAACUGAUAGCAUUGCGGGCAUUUCAAUUACAGAUGACCGAAUGUCAGUAGACAUGCCCGUCGUUGAUCAGCGGCGCCCCAGGCCACUCUCCGAUGACAGCACGGUGAAGAAGCCAGGCAGCCAUGGGUACAAGAACUCCAAAUUGUCAGAUGAUUUGGAGAAGGGUCUUCUGAGCAGCAGAAAGCCGUCGGAGUCUGACCUGGCAGAAGGUAGUGGUGCUGCCGAGGAGACUGUGUAUGUCAACGACUGUACCCCUGCCACCAAGGGCAUGCUUCACCUUGACCCCGCGACCUCUCUCAUUUACAAAUGUGACGGCUAUGACUGGCUGUCCCUUGAUGAUGAAUUCAGGGCAUUAUUGAAGAGUACCGCCCCAUCCACAACAACCGAACGGCCAACAGCUGUCAAGACUGUUAUCAGUGCGAGUGAAUGUUUACCGGGGUGGUUAAAAUCGAAUGGCCGCUGCUACAAGCCAUUUGAUGAGCUGAUGACGUGGACCAUGGCUCAGAAGCAAUGUCGACAAUUUGGUGCUGAUCUGCCUAGCAUUUGGGCCAUCCAGCAGUUAGACUGGCUAUGGCGGCUCAUUGGUCAGGAUAAGUUCUGGAUUGGUCUGAAUUGUCAGCAGACGUUUAGAAAAUGGGAAUACAGCAAUGGGGACCCCGUGACCUUCACCUAUUGGCGGGACGAGUACCCAAGAGGUGGACCGCUGAGCGCCAAAAACUGUGUUCUGGUGCGGGAAGAUAAAUUCUGGACUAAUAGACCUUGUAACACACUCAGAUCGAAAUUUGUGUGUUCGAAACUACCUCUCUCAAUACACCGAACACGAAAUUAGGAAUCUCCCUCUGUAAAUGUUUGCAUAAAUCUGACAGAUGUUUUGUAAGAAUAUUUCAAUGAAAUAUGUGUUUUUUUGUGGCACGCAUAACAACAUUAAAAAAUAUUUGACUAUAAUCCUUGGAAAUAUUUGGUUUGCAAGUUCUGAAUUUUAUUGAGCUGUAAAGUGUCCAAAUUGCACCAGUGUCUUUCUUGGCCUUUCAAUCUUACAAUAAUAGGAGAAACUAGUGACUGCUGUAGACUACCAAAUGUUUGCGCUCCCCUUUUUUUUGCUAUUCACAAAAUGUUCUGAAAAAAAUAAAAUUAGCACGAUUUAGAUUUUUGGGGCAGAUCACAAAAUUUCUGUCAGUUUUCCAAUGAAACAGAUUUCUGCAAUUUUUGUUUUUGCAAAUCUCACUUUUUUGCAAACUCUACAAAUUAAGUGACGUACAGUAUGGACUUGGUCCAAAUCCUCCUAUGUAAUUUUUGUUGCAUAAUUUCCUGAGAGAGUAUUGCUCCCAAGAAAGGAAAGGGUGUUGGCUUCAGGGCAAUGUGAAGUAAAAGUCUUUUAAAUUACUUGUAUCUGAAAUAUUGUCACAAUGCGUCUUUGGCCACAUGUCUUUUUUUUCUUGGUUUACAGGAGAGACGACUGGGAAUUUUUGGACGUAAAAAGAAGAACUAUUUCAGGAAAAACAAAGUUUUGAAUUUUGGAUUUUUGUGCUCACAAGUCCGGUUUAGUUCUGAUAAAUGCUUUGUGGUCACACCCCUGUACACAUUUGUCUCAAUUCUAUUUUCAAGUUUAUUCUGACCACUCGCCCAUAACUUUUGGUAAUUUCUUCAUGUAAAACAAGAAGUAUAAAACGUGUGGCCUAUAUGGAUGUCAUACUUGAGUUUUUAAAGUUCGUAAUAUCAUGUCUGGAUGUUGAUAAACAUUUAUAUUAAAAAUGUACUUUGUACACUAUGUUGUAAGCGAAGUAAUGUAUAAUUUUUUUCACACCAACGAGGCGGAAGAUAUGUGUAAUUUUCAUACUGCGUAAUUAUGUUGUGAAGGUCAGCCGACCUUUAUGUAAAAAUUGUUGUCAAUAGUAUAUUGAAAAAAUGUGUUGGGGAAUGUGUCAGUAAUUGGAUGACCAUUACCUGAUGAAUGCGUGGUUUGGCUCAAUAUGAAAAAAAAUUGUGUGGCGGUCUAGUUGAAAUUAGCUGUGCUAUUGCCCGAGAAUGGCUCAUCUGGCUGGACCUUAUCCCAGUUUCUCUGUUGGUCUUAAGGUUACAUGUACCUGUUUAAAGUCGUUGUUUUGAGAACAAGGGAAAAUACAGUAGAACCUCUCUAUCAAGGACACUCUCAGGACUGACAAAUGCUGUCCUUAAUAGAGAGGUGUCCUGAUUAGAGAGGUCAAAUUGAAUGGAAACAACCAAUUUGGGACCAGAAUGAGUGUCCUUAAUAGAGAGGUUGUCCUUAAUAGGGAGGUGUCUGCUACUGUAGUUGUGGAUUGUUUUUUGGGGGGGGGGGGUGGGGACAAAUGAUUUGGUCUAAAAUCCUGCUAGGCGUCCGGCAAGCUAUAUGGUUUUCCACUACCAAGCCAACAUACAUGUACUUCCUUGAGUGAUUUUGGAGCAAUAUUUUGUCCAAAUGGAUUUCCAAAAAUGGGCGAAUACAACGAUUCAAUAUGUCUCAGGUUUGAAUAUGACAUUUCAUAAUUCCUAUUGUGUGUAUUAUCUUAUUUGAAUCAACAGCCUCAUAAGAUGUCAAUGACGCAAUAAUAAAAUUUUUACUAUGGACUAAUUUUUUUCCCAGACCACCACACAUUUUUCAUAUUAACCAUUGGACAUGUUGGAAAGCGUGUUUCUUGUGCAUUGGGUGUGAGCCUUCCAUUCAUCAAAGCCACACUCAGCUUUUGUUUUCAAAGAGCAACUUGUUACAUUUUGAUUUUGGUCAGUUUGAUAAAUUUAAAUGCCAUUUUGUUCAUGGUUAUAUCAUAUGUAUGAUCACUACCAUACGUCAUGAUACAUAUAUUGUCUGGAAUUAACAAAGAUUUAAAGACAGUAGAACCUCUCUUUUAAAGGCGCAUUAGGCACAGCGCAGGAAAAUAAGGGUCAGAUUGGCGGUCUUUGCCGGGAGAAACUCACAUCCACAAUUAUGGGACUUGUUUAUGUUCUAUUCAGCAAUAAUGUAUUUCUCUUACAAGCAUGAAUGUUUUCGAUGGACUGUGAGAUGGGAGAGACCCCUAUUGGCAAUGUUGUGUAACUUAAUCAGACCUACCUGGCUACCGACUAGUGUCCCUUUAAGGAUGCCUUUGGUACUAACAAGUGCUGUUCUUAGAGAGGUGUCCUGAUUACAGAGGACAAAUUGAAUUGAAAAAGUUACAGAACAAAUUGAGUGUACUUUAUAUUAGAGAGGGUGUCAUGUUGAGGCAAAACAGACGUGUCCAUUGAGAGGGGUUCCACUGCUCUUUGUCCAUACUUGAUAAUAUUGUACAGUACCUGCUGUUAAAUACUCUAUUCUCCAAAAGUUCAUAUUUCAUUUACAUGAGGUUCAAAGAAGGCCCUUCUCUUGAGUUAUGUGCUUCUUGUCCUUCAUGCAUCUCGUAUUUACAUCCUCAUCACAAGUAGACAUAAAUAUUGCUUAAAGUAGCCCAAGUUUUAAAGGACAAGCUGUGUGAGAAAAUGUGCCCCGAUUAAAGUAUCGGGCGCGGUAUAAUGUCUUCACUGGUAUGUCUUGACAUAACAUCAAUCGCAGUUAUGUUUCUGGUUUGCAGAUGGCCUCCCUGGUUUUUAAGGGGGGGAUAUGUUAGAUCAACUGGUGCCAUUAUAGUGCACCCGGUAACCGCGUGGUUGUUCGAGUUCCAAGGCAUGGAAAGUUGUCCUGACCUAUCUCACCACCCAGGAGGGCACAUUUAUUCUUACAACUCAUCCUUUAAAUUGGAAAACGACUUGUGGAUUGUUCCACUAAAAUAGCAGCAGCACCGAGCAAGAAUUAAUGAAGACUAGUCUUUAUUUAUCACUCUUGAUGAGAGCUAUAUGAAAUCAUAUUGGAAUUUUUAUCAACAGUGGUAGGUAACUACUAAUGGAAGCGUAACAGAAUUUUGUAUCACCAGAUAUCUUCUAUCUAUCUAAUAAGAAAACUUGAAGCUGAUUAUGUUCCCAAAUCCAACAGCAAUUGAGUCUUAGUUCUACUUACUUGCUGUUUCAUCAAUUGUGAGUUCUACUCAACCAGGUUCAUUCAGAUGUUAUUAUUUAUUUAGAAUAAAAAUGUUCCUUAUACCUAAAGAUAGAUUUUUCACGAAUUUGGAACUAAAGAUUACUGUACAAAUAGUUUCUAUGCAACCGAAGAUCACAGUUGAGGUGUUGGCCAUGGUACUGUCUAUGCCCAGGACUGCUCAAUCUAUUUAGAGUUGUGGGUCAAAACCUUGGAUUGGUGGUUGCUUAAUUAUCCUCCUAGGUUGAACUCAACUGGGCGCUAAAUGAGCACCUCCUUGCAACCAACCCCAGAGUGCCUCAGUGAAUAGAUAUAAUAGUGACAGUCAGUGUGAAGUGCCUUGACAGAACUGGUCAGUGAGACACACUUUGAAUAAUCGACCAAUAAUGUCAUAAUUGAGUGAAUCAGCAGCUCCAUGCAACCCUAGAGUGCCCCAGAGCUAUGAUAGUGAUAGUCAUUGUGACAGUCACAGUCAAGACAGACCUGCAUGGUCAGUGAAAAGUACUUUGAAUUAGCCGCCAAUAAAAUGUUGUUUUGAGCAACCUUGCCCUGAUUGAUGGCAUCAGAACACUUUUUUCAAUUGCAAUCAAAGAUUUGACUGGCAUAGCCUGUGACAUGGUCAAUCACAUAAUGAUAUUUUACUGUGCUCUUGGUUGAUUCUUGCAUCAACAUUAUAUCCUUAUACAAAGUUUGUGUAUAUAUUAUUGUUCGUCUGAAUAUACAGUACUUUUAGCUCAUAAUAUUCUAGUAGACUGUAUAAUAUGAAAAAUAUGUUUUUGUAAGACUUUUAUCACAAUAAAAAUGGUAAAUAUAUAAGCGA